UGUAACACACUAGCAAGCUUGGCAAACCCGGCGGGCAGCGCUGUGCCAGCGCCCGACCUCUUCGGGCCCGCCACGCGACGAAGCGACGCCUGCGACCGCCGACCGCCUCGCGACGCGCGGGCUGCCCGCCCCACAAACUGCCCACCUUGUGAAUUGUGAAGGGCUGCCGGCCCGCGAACCCACGGCCCGCGGACAACGGAGCGCACGCGACCAUGGCCUCCGUCACGACGAAGUCGGCCCGGAGCCUCACGGCCAAGAGCCCCAAACGAACAAAAGCCCAGGUCACGCUGACCACGCAAGCGACCGUAGGAGAUUUGAUCGACAUCCCCGGCAUGGACCUCGAUGCCUUGGUGCAGGAGACGGCCGACCUCGCCGCCGACGACAUCAUGGAGGACAUGGAGACGCAGAACGCGGGGUUAGCCCCGCCGAAAAGGAAAGUAGUAUCUCCGCGCGCCGCGGACUUCGGGAAACGUUUUUUUGAUGGGAGACCGCCUCGCGAAUUAACGAGGAUGGAGCUCCUCAUGCGCGACACGCGCGCUCUCAGGGAUGAACGGAGGAUAGACCGGGAGAUGGCGCGCAAGUUCUGGUGCGCGACGGCGACCGGCUACUUCCUGGGAUUCCUGUCUUUAUUAGUGAUGGUGCCCGUGGCGCUGUGCUGGAACCUUGGCAUGUUUUUAUACGAGGCCCUGCGGCGGGAGAAGCCUCCUCCUGUCAAAAAGAGAGGUAAGGUCGCGCCGGCCCAAGACUGGCGCUACGAGCUCAAGGACGGCUUCCCGCAGCGCAAGAACGCGGCGUUAUUUGAUCUGACCCAUAAAGCGAAGGACGACCCGCGGGCCAACUACAAGACGUACUCGGCGGGCGACCUGAUCCGGGCGCGGCCGGCCGCUUCCCAGCCGUCCUAUAGUGUCCCCGUGCGCCGCACGGAGCAGGACGACCUCUUGGAGUCGUUCGCGGCGGACCGCGCGAAGCAGCGGCGCGCGGGGCCGCCGCCCGGGUAAGCGGUUGUGUUGGUUUC